CCCUGUGUUCAAAUUGAAAUAUCAUCUCAGCUCCAGACCGCCAAAAACUUUCCAUGGCUUCCCAAUCUCUAACUCACCAUAUUCCCACAAAGACAAACUUCCCAUCAUUUCAAAAAACGAGACCCUUUCGCUCUAACAACAAUCUUAUUACGUUCCCAUCUUUUUCUACUGCUAAACUCCACCCAGUUCGCGUAGCGUCUUACAACUCUACGUCGACUACUGCAGGGUACAAUGAUCAAGUGGUGGUGGAUGAGGAAAUGGACAGGAUUAGGCGGCUGCAGAACGGGUCCGACGUGCGUGGGGUGGCGCUGAAGGGCGAGAAGGGGCGGUCCGUGGACCUGACACCGCCGGCGGUGGAGGCGAUAGCGGAGAGCUUUGGGGAGUGGGUGGUUAGUGGACUGGAGAUAGAAAGAGGUGGAGGGGGGGCGCCGGCCAGGGUGUCGCUGGGGAGGGACCCGAGGAUUUCUGGCGGGGUAUUGAGCGUGGCGGUGUUUGCGGGGCUUGCUCGGGCGGGUUGUGUGGUUUUCGACAUGGGACUUGCGACCACGCCGGCUUGCUUCAUGAGUACAUUGCUGCCUCCGUUUACGUAUGACGCCUCUAUAAUGAUGACAGCAUCCCACUUGCCCUACACACGCAAUGGCUUGAAAUUCUUCACAAAGAAAGGAGGUCUCACAUCGCCACAAGUGGAGGAGAUUUGCGAUAACGCUGCCCGGAAAUACGCCAACCGCUUCGCCAAACUGUCGACAGCACUUAGGGUUCCGCCAACCAGAGUCGAUUUCAUGAGCGCUUAUGCUCACCACCUCAGAGAUAUUAUCAAACAAAGAGUCGAUCAUCCCUUGCAUUAUGACUCUCCUCUUCAAGGAUUUCAGAUAAUCGUAAAUGCUGGAAACGGAUCAGGAGGGUUCUUCACAUGGGACGUGUUGGACAAGCUGGGUGCAGACACAUUCGGCUCUCUCCACCUCAACCCGGACGGAAUGUUCCCUAACCACAUCCCAAAUCCAGAGGACAAAACUGCCAUGGCCCUAACACGGGCCGCCGUGCUUGAAAACAAAGCCGAUCUCGGCAUAGUUUUCGACACGGACGUCGACCGAAGUGGCGUGGUGGAUAAACAUGGCAACCCUAUAAACGGCGACAAGCUUAUCGCGCUCAUGUCCGCUAUUGUGUUGAAGGAGCACCCAAACACGACUAUCGUGACCGAUGCACGUACUAGCAUGGCGUUGACGCGAUUUAUCACGGACAGAGGAGGGCAUCACUGCCUGUACAGGGUUGGAUACCGGAAUGUGAUUGAUAAGGGAGUUCAGCUCAACAAGGAUGGCAUUGAGACCCAUCUUAUGAUGGAAACAUCCGGACAUGGUGCCCUCAAAGAGAAUCACUUUCUUGAUGAUGGUGCUUAUAUGGUGGUAAAAAUUAUCAUAGAAAUGGUGAGGAUGAAACUUGAAGGAUCGGAGGAAGGAAUUGGAAGCCUAAUACAAGACCUUGAUGAGCCUCUGGAAUCAGUGGAGCUGAGAAUGAACAUCCUGUCCGAGCCCAGGUUUGCAAAGACAAAAGGCGUCCAAGCUAUUGAGGAAUUCAGAAAUUUCAUCGAGCAAGGAAGAUUAGAAGGGUGGGAACUGGAUUCCUGUGGAGAUUGUUGGGUAAGUGAAGGGUGCCUUGUGGACUCUAAUGACACUCCAGCACCGGUUGACGCCCAUAUGUACAGGGCCGAAGUGUCAGAGGCAGAACAUGGAGAACAUGGGUGGGUACACCUGAGGCAGAGCAUCCACAACCCGAAUAUAGCUGUUAAUCUUCAGUCCACAGUUCCAGGGGGUUGCCAGUCCAUGGCAAGAGCUCUCAGGGACAAGUUUCUUGUAGCCAGUGGGUUGGAUAAAAUCCUUGAUAUUUCCCAAAUUGACAAUUACGCAAGUGGAAAUGGGAAGCUCUAGUGCAAGAAAUAAGCAUAAAGUGUAAUUAGCAGAAAUAUAAUUGUGCUCAACAGCUUUGUAACAUAGUUUGCAAUACAGAGUUUGUACAGAUAUAUACUUGUGUGCAUAUAUAUCGAGCAAGAACAUACGA